UAUCAACUGAAAUAUGUCAGAUAGUUUUUGUCAAGAUUUUUUUUCCUCCCAAUUGAAAUACAUGAAACCAAAUCUACCACCAAAAUAUUCACAUUCCAAUCAGUGAAUCGUCCUUUCCCCGAUGGCCGAUGGCAAGAAACUCCACCAAUACCUCGCAGCCGUUUGCAUCUGCAUCGGCGCCUUAGGCACAGGAACAGUCAUAGGCUGGACGUCCAAUAUCACAGAUUACCUCAAAGAUGGCAAACUGAACGACCUGAGCAUGGGAGAUUCCGAACUGGCGUGGGCAGGAGCAAGCAUGCCCUUCGGAGCGAUGAUCAUGUGCUUCCCCAUAGGAUGGAUGGCCGACUGGCUGGGAAGGAAGCCUACCGUCCUGCUCACCAUUAUCCCUUUCACCAUCGGCUGGCUCAACAUACUAAUGGCCAAACACGUGGCCAUGGUCUACGUGGGGAGAAUCCUGACAGGCAUAGCUGGGGGCUCUUUCUGCGUUACAGCCCCUCUUUACACCAGCGAGAUAGCUCAAACGGAGAUAAGGGGCACUCUCGGCACCUUCCUGCAACUCUUCAUCACCAUCGGCAUUCUGUACAGCAACGUGCUAGGAUACGCUCUGCCAGUGUUCAUCUUCAACAUAGCUUGCCUCAUAGUGCCUUUGGUGUUCGGCAUCCUGUUCUUUUUCCAACCCGAAUCGCCGGUUUGGGAUUUGAAGAAAGGCUAUGAUGAGAAAGCGCAAAAGUCUUUCAAGCGUUUCAGAGGAGAGGAGUACGAUUUCACUGGAGAAGUUCAAGUUAUACGCAAGCAGAUCGAGGAGGAGAAAAACAUGAAGAACUUUUGGACUGCGAUGAAAUCUCCUGCUGCCAAGAAAGCUACUCUGAUUUGCUUCAUGUUGAUGUUCUACCAGCAACUAUGCGGAAUAAACGCGGUUAUGUUCUACAUGAAGGAGAUAUUCAUUUCGUCGGGAUCUUCCUUGCCUAGUCAUUGGUCCGUUAUCAUUGUCGGUGUCGUUCAAGUUAUCGCGACUCUGUUUGCUGCCUGGGCAGUGGAAAAAUUCGGCAGGAAGAUUUUGCUUCUGAUUUCCGGUGGUGUGAUGGCGCUGUCUACUUUCUUAUUGGGGCUUUUCUUCAGCCUGAAGAACCAUGAGGUACUCGAUGAGGACGGCAUAAAAACCAUCGGAUUCCUUCCAGUUUUGUCGCUGAUCAUAUUCAUCUUGGCGUUUUCCAUUGGAUACGGGCCUAUACCAUGGCUGUCUUCAUCAGAGCUCUUUUCUCCGGAUAUCAAAGCCAAAUGCAGCUCAGCAGCGGGCACAUUCAACUGGUUUCUGGCAUUGCUGGUAACGAAAUUUUAUUUGGAUGUAGCUGAUUCCAUGGGAAACGAUAUCACAUUUUAUAUAUUCACAGCGAUAUCAGUGAGUGGCGUGUUCUUUGUGAUGAUUUUCAUGCCGGAAACGAAAGGAAAGUCAUUUGAAGAUAUUCAACAAGAACUUGGAGGAGGUUGAAUUCAUUGCAAUUCAUUUAUCAGAUAAAUUUGAUGUAAAAUAAAUAUAAUUAUUGUGAAAAUGCGG